GAUUACUGCCUUGCAGACUAUGGACUGUUGUGUUUAGUUAUGGGGCAGACGCAGCAAACAGGGAGCAGCGAGGAGAUUGAUAUUAAAGCCCUGCAGGAUAUGUAUAAAAAAUUUGUCACGGAGUGCCCGAGUGGAGUCCUUUUUCUGCAUGAGUUCAAACGUUUCUUCGGAGUUGAUGCAACAGGAGAAGCUGCUGAAUAUGCAGAGAACAUGUUCCGAGCUUUUGACAAAAAUGGGGAUAACACAAUUGACUUCCUUGAGUUUGUGGCGGCGCUUAAUCUUGUUUUUCGAGGAGACUUGGAGCACAAACUGCGCUGGUCAUUCAAGGUGUACGACAAAGAUGGCAACGGCUAUGUGGAUAGGAAUGAACUUCGCUCAAUAAUUGAUAGCAUCUCUCGGAUCAAGAAAGGCUCAAAAACAGAUGUGACUGAACCACAUCUUACAGUUGAUCAGGUUGUGGAUCGGAUAUUAGAAGCUGUCGAUGUUGAUCAUGACGGUACUGUUAGCAUGGAAGAAUUUAUCAAAGGUGCACAACAGGAUCCAUGGUUGCUCAGUAUGUUGAAGUUGGACAUGAACCCUACUGGAUGGCUACUGGCACAAAGGAGAAAAAGUGCAUACUUCUGAAGUGUUGGAUCACUGUGGCCUUUGAAAUGAUAACAGAAGACAGACAACCAUGGUCUAUUCCUGCUAGUUUUUUUUAUAUAAAUUGUUAAUACAUUUUUUCUAAAAGUCAGUGCUUCUGCAUACAGUUUUAUGUUCACAAAUUGAGAAAAAGUAAAAUUUUAUUUGGGUUUUUGACUUUUGGUAAUUAAAAAAUCUAAAUAUAAUCAAUUUCUAGAGAUGGGACAAAUUGCUUUUUGAAAGGAUCUCUACAUAAACGAGCCGUUUGUUUCAUAGAGCCGUUUGAGUUGGAACGUCAUCAUGUAUGGUAUAUAUGUCAUUAAGUGAUGACAUAAUUCCGCCAUGUGGGCGGUAGCAUGUGUUUUGUCAAAUGGUACCCCCUCAUCCUUCCCACUGAGCUGCUGUACUUCAACCCCUGCUCUUUUUCUGUGAAAAAGUGAAGGAGGAACAUUUGUCUGUGGUUAAAGAGGAAAAAAUAAGAUAUGAGGAGUAAAAAAACACCUGUCCGCAACUCCUUGAAUCACUGUCAAUUUUAUGACGUUAUUCUAUGUUUUUCCUGUUGCAGCUAUGCUAACAGUCAGCUUAUUUAUAUCAACGUUCUUGUCAGCUUAUAAUGGUGCAUAAUAUACAUACUGGUUUCCAAUGCAUUUUUUUCAGCCUUCUUUUUCUCAAGUGUCAAUGUGUAAAUGACAAAUUACGUUCUUACUGCGUGUGCUUUUAUAUCAAUUUAAUCUUUUGCUUUCUGAAGACUGAGUCAUUUUCUUUGGAGAAUUGAUUAUCAUUCAUAUUAAAAAAACGUGUGUAAAA